CUUCCUGUACAGUUUAUAGAGGGAUACAGCGAGAAAGAGCUUAGUGGGGAGCCAUGGAAGAACAUGCUUUAGUGGAGGUGCCGAAGAAGGAGGCGUCCGAGGCAGAAGGAUUAGAAAAUGGAGGGGGAGGUGCAACCGUUGAUGAGCGGCGGUGCUGGCCGGGAUCGCUGAUAGUUGAGGCAAGGAGGCAAGUUGUAAUGGCGCUCCCCUUGGCUUUCGUCACCAUGGUCCAGUUCCUGCUGCAGAUCGCCUCCCUCGCGAUGGUCGGCCACCUCGGAAGCCUCUACUUCUCCAGCGCCUCCAUCUCCUCCUCCCUCUGCAACGUCACCGGCUACAUCGUCCUUCUUGGAAUGGCAAGUGGCUUGGAGACAUUAUGUGGUCAAGCAUAUGGAGCAGAACAGUACCAAAAGCUAGGAGUAUAUACACAAAAGGCUACAGUUGCACUCUUGCUUGUUUGCAUCCCACUAGCUUUUGUAUGGUUCUACAUGGAGAAACUCCUCAUUUUGAUACUGCAUGACCAUGCCAUGGCCCAUGAAGCAGGAAGAUAUGCUGUCUUCUUGAUCCCAGGACUUUUUGGUGCUGCAUUUUUGCAACCAUUGGUGAAGUUUCUGCAGUCACAGAGUUUGGUCCUGCCAUUGCUCUUUGGUGCUGCUGUGACCCUCUGCUUCCAUGUUCUUGUUUGCUGGCUAUUGAUCUUUAAGUUCAGUGUAGGCCACAUUGGAGCUGCUAUUUCUGUGAGUCUCUCCUAUUGGGUGAAUGUGUUUGUAUUGGCACUUUAUAUCAAAGUUUCAUCUGCCUGUAAGAAAACAGUUGCUCCACUCACAACAGAGGCCUUGGACAGGAUACAGGACUUUCUUCGUCUUGCCGUUCCAUCUGCAGUCAUGAUUUGUCUGGAAUACUGGAUAUUUGAACUGCUGAUAUUGCUUUCCGGACUUCUGCCUAACCCUGAGAAGCAAGCUUCAGUUCUUUCAAUUUGUGUCUACACCUUGGGUUUGGUUUAUUCCAUGCCAUACGGCCUUGGUGCUGCUGCAAGCAUUCGCAUCUCAAAUGCAUUAGGAGCUGGACGUCCAAGAACAUCUCGGUCAGCAGUUUUAGUUGUUAUAAUUCUUGGGGUCAUGGACAUGUUGAUUGUGAGUACAAAUCUCUACGCCUUCAGACAUCAGUUGGGAUAUGCUUACAGCAAUGAUAAGGAAGUCAUCCUGUCUACCACCAAGAUGGUGCCUUUAAUUGCACUGACGUCGUGCACGGAUGCAAUGCAAGGAGUUCUGUCAGGUGUUGCGAGAGGAUGCGGACGGCAGCAUCUUGGCGCGUAUGUCAACCUUGGAGCAUUUUAUUUGCUUGGAUUACCAAUUUCAGUCAUUUUAGGUUUCUAUUAUCAUUUUGGAGCGAUCGGACUCUGGAUUGGCAUAUUAUGUGGCUCCACAGUUCAAACAAUUCUUCUCUCAAUCAUCACAGCACUUACUGAUUGGGAAAAACAGGUGGAAAACGCAAAGGAUAGAGUGAUUGACAAGCCUACACUUAACAAUGGUGAAACUGUUUGAGAUUGUAACAAUUUCUAAUUGCUCCCACACAUAAACAUCGAGUAUAUAUAUCUUACAAGUAUGUGAUCAAGACAAAGAGAGAGAGAGAGAGAGAGAGAGAGAGAGAGUUUUGAUUUUUCAAAUAUGGAUCUGAAGGAGUCCAAAUAAUUUAUCUUACUGGGCCAG